GUUCUACACAUACACAUCUAUAUCGGGAAAAGUUGGAAAAAUCCAAUAAAUCAAACAUACAAACUCAUAUUCUGACUGUUCUACGAAUUGCUUACUAUAGACGACAGACGUUGUUUUAUUGCAUGUUGAUAUCUUAUUUUCAAUUCGAAGAAAAUGGCAGACGUGAGGGAUAUUAUGGAAUUGGAGAGGCCUCCAACUCCAGAAAUAACAAGAGAGACAAUACUAGGAGAUAAGACAAAAAAACGCACUUCUGUCGGGCCUAAGGUUCCUAAACGGCCUGAAGGAAUGCAUAGAGAAGUAUUUGCUUUACUCUAUAAUGAUAACAAAGAUGCUCCCCCUCUGUUUCCAUCAGACACAAUUGGUAACAAUGGGUACAAACAGACAAAAAUUAAGUUGGGGAUGCGUAAACCAAGGAAGUGGGUAUGGAUGCCAUUUACAAAUCCAGCUAGAACAGACAAUGCUACUUUUCACCAUUGGCGGAGACCUUCUGAUGAACCUAAAGAAUAUCCCUUUGCUAAAUUCAACAAGAAAGUAGAAAUAAGAACAUAUACAGAUCAUGAAUAUCAGCAGCAUUUGAAGUGUGAAGGCUGGACCAAAGAGGAAACUGAUCAUAUGAUGGAUUUGGCACAUAGAUUUGAUUUGAGAUUCUUGAUGAUGGCUGACAGAUAUGAUACUGAACGUUUCAGUAAAAGAUCUGUAGAAGAUAUCAAAGAACGUUAUUACAAAAUAUGUGGUGUACUAGCAAAACUAAAUGGUGAAAAGAAGAUUUACACAUAUGAUGGAGAUCAUGAACGUAGAAGGAAAGAACAACUGAAAAAGUUAUAUGAUAGAAAACCUGAACAGAUUGAGGAAGAACAGUUUCUACUUGGAGAGUUGAAAAAAAUUGAGGCACGCAAAAAGGAAAGAGAAAGAAAAACACAAGAUUUGCAAAAACUAAUCAGUCAGGCAGACAGUCAAAAUGAAACGCCUAGAAAAACAGAUAAGAAAUUACCUAAAAAGAAAAUUUCCAAUCCUUCUAGACCAUCCAGAGUUGACACAAAUCAUAUUUUCCAAGUAAUAGAAAGUGCAGGCAUAAAAUUUCCAGAUUUCAAAAACAGUGGAGUUUCAUUAAGAUCCCAAAGGAUGAAGUUACCUGCCAAUGUUGGCCAGAAGAAGUCAAAAGGAGUUGAACAAAUUUUACAAGAAAUGGGUCUAGAAUUGAAUCCAACUCCAUCUGAAGAAAUCUGUCAGCAUUUCAAUGAGCUGAGAAGUGAUAUGGUUUUGUUGAUAGAAAUAAAAGCUGCAUUAUCAACCUGUGAAUAUGAAUUACAGUCACUGAGACAUCAAUAUGAGGCACUCAAUCCAGGAAAGAGUUUGUCUAUUCCUCCACAACUGUUAUCCUCAGCUGAUGGUGAAGGUAAAAUCAGUACAGGGGAAAUCAUUGACGUAGUGGGUUCACCUGGAACUCCAUCGAAUACCUAGCUAGUCAGGAUAAGAAUAUAAUAUUAUAUUUCAUGGAAUACCUCAUUUAUAUUUGAGGAAGUAAUUGUAAAAAAAUCAACUGAACAUAAUUUAAUAAAUUUGAAUUGUCUAGGUUGUGUUGUCAGGAGGCUGAUGAUAACCAAGAUGAUAACAUUCUGUUGAUGAUCUAAAAUGCCUACAAUAGCUUCUCUUGGCAUUAUUUCCAUGAAUUAUACCCAAACGAGAAGGGUGUUUACACAUCAAUUAGUACACAAAUAGAUUUAACCAGUUAACAUAACCUCAUUGAAAAGUACCAGGCAAUUUUUCAGUAGAUACAAAAAACUGUUUGUUCUAUAAUGCUUGAAACAUAAAAUAUAUGUUUUUUUUAAUUAAUUGACUGUUCAUGCAUUGAAUGCACCCAUAGUUUAAUUUUAGAACCCAGAACAUUGGAAUUUUUCAAUUUCUGAAUAUAAUACCUCUAAUUGCUCACAUAGCAGAAUUUGAUUGUAA